AUGGCUACCCCCAGUGUCCUUACUUUUGAUACUGAGGGCCGUACUGUUGACUUUGAGGUCUGGGUCGAUGACCUCCAGCUGUUCUUACAGUGCGAUAGGGCAGACAGACUCUCCCAGUUCGAUCUCAUCUCUGCUGUCUCUCUUGCCCCGCCUGCUACUGCUGAUAGCAUUGUUCGCUCACAGUGGGCCAUGCGCGAUGCUGCUGCACGUCUUGCUGUGCGUCGCCACUUACCGACCACUGAGCGUUCGCACUUUAGCCAGUACAAGAGUGCUAAGACCUUGGGUGUUCUCCCUACCCCCUCUUGCCCUCUAUUGCUUUUGCUGCUGCCGCCGACCUCGUUGGCUUCGAGUCGGUCGGCGCUGCGUCUGCCCCUUGCGGGAAGCGCCGCACCGGCAAGGGCAAGGGGGGCAAGGGCGUUGGGGGGGCUAGUGGGGGCAGUGGAGGUGGUGGUGGAGGCAGUGGAGGGGGUGGGGGUGGUGGUGGGAGUGGUGGCGGGGGCGGAGGUGUCGGUGGCAGCAGUGGAGGCGGAGGAGGCGGCGGUGGUGGCGGAGGGAGCGGAGCCGGCGGAGGUGGUGGAGGUGGCGGAGGUGGCGGAGGUGGCGGAGGCAGCGAUGGAGCUGGUCGCGGCUCUGCGCAGAGGAGUGGCUGCGGUGCGGGGUGGGGGUACUGGUCCCUGCACCUACGUCCUCCGUACAGGCGACCGCGCUGGUAAGCAGUGUGGGGGCACGCACUCCACCCAGCGCUGCUUCGGCCGCCUGACGGACGCGUGUCGUCAUCAGUUCCCUGACGCCACUGAGAUCCCUCGCUGGGGAGAGCUGUCUAGGGCGGGGGUUGCUAUCUUUGAUCUUCACUUUGAUGCUAUUCUUGCUGCCAUGUUUGCUGUGUCUACUAGUGAUGAGGGUGACUGUUACCUGUGCGUUCCGCCUAACCCGGGCAUUGAGGCUGCUGCUCUAGGUGUUGGUGAGGCUGCUGCUCCAGGUGCUAGUACGUCUGCUUCCCCAGGUGCUGGUGAGUCUGCUCUCUCAGGUACCACGUCGGCUCAGGCCUUGCACACCUUCACCCUUGACUCGGGUGCUUCCCGCUCCUUCUUUCGAGACCGCACCACGCUUACGCCGCUUAGUUGGCCGGUUGCGGUCUCCCUGGCGGACCCCUCUAGGGGUCCUGUCCUUGCUAGCUUGUCCACUGUCUUACCGUAG